UCGCCUACUGGGUCUCCUACCUUUCGCAUGGGUAAAGUCAGUGUUCUGAGAGAAAGCAUGAUCAAGACGUCCACUAUGCUUCGAACCCGGCUUGGCGGGUCUUCAAAUGUUAUGUUCGAAAGCAGCCAAACUGCAGAAGAUUUCAUGGAAGCAUUGGAGAAUGAGAGACUUCGCCAUAUGCCCCACGACGGAAGCAAAUGGGAUGCCGUGCUUCGAUGGGCUGAAAGCAUUGGGGGACAUGUCUUGGUGUUCCAUGAAGCCGUUCAAGAUUUCAUGAUGCAAAGCGAAGAUGCGACACGCUUGAUAUGGGGUAGCUGCAGCCGCUUGGACGGUGCAGGAUUCGAUGAGCAGUUUGGAGAGAGCAUCUCUGCAUUUUACCAUCACCUCCACCUCAUCUCCGACUCGAUGUGGAAAGAUGAAAUCGCAGGUUCGCGCUUCAGACAUUCGAACCUAAGCAUAGAAACACUGCGAGAGUUCCUGAAGCCACAAGAUCGAGUGGUGCAAAUGAUGUUGUCCAACCAGACGUCUUCUGGCGUUGAACGAGCGGAAUUCACUUGCGAGUGGUUCGGCGGGCACCUCAGAAGUUUCACGCGGAACAAAAACAAGGUGCUCCUAGUCACUGGAGCUCCUUGCAGCGGCAAAACGGUGUUGUCUCAUUGGAUCUCUGACAGUCUGCAGGGUUCUUUGGAUAAUGAUCCCUACGAUGUCAUAUCGUAUUUCGUUGAUUCAAGCGCAAACCAUAUCACGAGUCCUUUGAGCCUCGUCAAAUCACUAGUUCUCCAAAUGCUCGAUAGGAAGAUCGGAGAUCAGGAAUUCAUCUUCAAGGUCCGCGACGCGCUCGACCAUGCGAAAAGAGGCACACCUGCGUCUACUAUCGAGGAGACACUCUGGUCGGCACUCGACCUUGCCUUGGACAAUGACAAGAUCAUUAUUCUCAUCGACGGCCUCGACCAGAUCUCGGGAGCCAGGAUCGGAAACCCUGCUAUUUUAGAGAGAAUACACCGAAUCACCUCCGCGAAGGAUCGAACUCGGGUCAAAUCUAUCAUCCUCAGCAGACCAUUAAGCAAGGCGGCGUCUCAGCUUACCCAACAUAUCUCGAUCGAAGAGCAGCAUAUAGCUGAUGAUAUUCGUCUCUUUAUUGAGCAGUGUAUCACUUCAAGGCCCCAGUUCCGCUCUAUGAAAGAGAAAGACCGACGUCCAAUCAUCCAGAAACUAUCGGAGGGCUCUAACGGCUCCUUUCUUUGGGCAAGCCUAGUUUUUCAAUCUAUCAAGCAUGAAAAGACUAUAUCUUCAAUCCUCAGUCUCUUGGAGCGCGCACCUAAAACUGUCGAUGAAGCGUUGGAUCGCCAGAUUGCUCGUUUGGAUGCCGCAAACCCUGAAACGAAACAGAUUCUGUCCUGGAUAUUGGCGAGUGAACGCCCAUUGACAACUGAAGAGGUUCAGGCACUUCUGGAAAUUGAUUUGGAUCAAUGCUCCCAUUCGCCACGAUUCACCGAAAUUGCGCAGGACAUUCGCCACGCGUGUGGGCCUCUUGUCACAAUCCGGGAUGGUUUGGUAUUGCUCCGUCACCCAAGUAUUCGGGAGCACGUUCUCACUUCCGCAUCAAUAUCGAACAAAAUUGACCUCAAGGAGGCACAUCAUGAUCUCACCAUUCGCUCCCUAGCUUACGCCAAGAUUCACUUGCACGACGACGUGGAGCCACGGUUCGGACGGAUGACGACCAGCGAGAUCGUCGAGAUAUUCUUCAAGUAUCCGCUUCUUGAGUACUCAGCAAGAUACUGGACCAGCCAUUUCCGUUCUUCGUCGCUGUAUGAAUCGAAUGGAAAACAUAAGCUCUCUUCUUCAUUCAAAGCAUGCCUUUCCGGGUCCACAUACUUCGCUCUUGUCGAGGGCACCUGUGUCUAUCGCCAACACAUCGCUUGUGAAUCAGAGAAGUACCAGUCUUUAUCCUACCAUCUACGAAGAACAGUCUUUGGCGAAAGGUCUGCUGUCGUUCUGCAAAGCUUGAUUCUCCAAGUCCGCAUUUGCCAAGGUCUAGAAAAGUCACAAAUCAGCGAAUACUCUUACGAAGCUUGGAAGAUAAGCCGCGCGAUCUGUCAUGGCUCUAUUGUCAUUCGAGCUUGUGCGGAGGCCUUUGUCCAGUGUACCCUCUCGAUCAAGAUCACAACACGGUCCGAGAUCUGCAUCAGGAAGGAGGAGAUCCUUUUGUAUCUUGUGGAAACAUACAAACACACCUAUGGCGCUUCCCACGAACUCACCAUCAAGUACACGACAAUGCUAGCGGAGUUCUAUGUUUCCAUCAAGGAGAUUGAUAGAGCAGUUGUCUUGUAUCGGGAGCUAUAUGAAAUCCGUAUUGAGAUCUACGGCCAUUUCCACGCCGAGACUACGGAGAUUUUCGAUAUCCUCAUUUCGCAGUUGAGGGUCCUCAAGAAGUUUGAAGUGAUCCUCGAACUCACAGUUCAGUAUUACGAAUAUGUUUCCCGAACGCUGACUAUUACGGAUUCGCGCCGCAUCGAAUGUACGCUGAAACUCAUUCGCAUGUACGAGGAGCGAAAAGAGGUCAGCAAAGCCGAAGAAAUUCUCGUCACUUUCUGGAGGAGCAUCACCACCGAGACUUCUACAUCGGUCACUUCGCGCGAGACGAAAAUCGACAUAUCCUUGGAGUAUUCGAGAUUCCUAUGCCGACACUCACGGAAAGAGGAAUCAGAGGUCAUCCUUCGUGGCGCGUGGACGGAGGUUGAGUCUUACAGCGAGGAAGUCCGAUCCGAAACAACCAUCAUCAAGCGCAUCCGCAUUAUCGCUGAAGAGUUCAAAGUUUUGAAAGUGUUCUCCAUGGCUCGUUCGAUUUUCAGUUCCCUCUGGAGCUACUACAAGAGAACCGAGCAACAAACCUGCACCGAGGCCGUAUCAGUGGCAACAUCACUCGCGGAAACAGUGACAGAAACAAUCUCGUCAUCUACAAGUUCCACUUCCACGAAGCAUACUCUUCUAGAAGUUUUCGAGUCUUCCAUGUCAUCUUCGUCAACUUCCAUCUCUUCAUCGACGCUCAAAACCUGCGUGGCCCUCUCGUCAAGUUAUCUAAAGGAAGAGCGCUAUUCCGAAGCUUGUGCGAUAUUCGUCAAAACCAUCAGCCAUGCUUGGUCUUCCGUCGAAAGUAGUGAAUCAAAGACUAUCGAGAUCACUGAAUCAUCCGAAAUUAUCGACGUCGCCAUGAGUUUAGCAGAAUGUCGAUUCAAGAUGUUGCACGUUGAGGCCGCGGAGAUCAUCUACUGGAACGUCUUCGAAAGUCUCAUUUGCAGCCGCAAAUGCCAUCACGACAUCCUGAUCAGAAAUGUCAAAACCAUCAUCAAGUUCUUUGAGAAGACCUACCGCUAUCAAAAGGUCCUCGCAAUAUACGACCGUCUUUAUGUCUACUUGCAAGGAUCAGUAGGCAAAUCACACGCUUCAACCAUUGAGAUCCUCUACGCCUACGGAGCUAUCGCUAAACGUAUGUGCCGCCGCAAGGAGAUCGAGGUCGCCUACUUCCAAAUCUACUCAGCGUCCUCGAUCGAGCACGGGUGUUUGCAUGCCGACGGAGUCAAAGCUGCUCUACUCCUUUGCGAAAUCUACGAAGAGUCUCAGCAGUGGGGAUCUGCGCAACCCGUAUACGCUUGCUUGUGGGCAACCUUCUUGAAGCAUGGCGUUACGUAUCACCUUGGCGCUGACUUCGUCGAGAAGAUUUACUCCAAGUACAUGCACAUUUUGGAACACCGGACCAAGACAGAAUACACCGUCAUUCGCGAGCUAGCUAUACAGUACCGGAAGACUUGUAUUAGCUUCUACGGAAGCUAUAGCGAAUUGACGGUCAAGUCGACAAUUCAUCUCGCUGAGAUCUGCGAGCGAAGAGAGGAGUACCAUGAAGAGUCGAUGUCUCUUUACGAAGAGGUGAUAAAGCACGGCGAAAAGAUAACCAAAUCAACAUUUUCCAGCACUUCUAUAAGCUCUACGAGCUCCACGGCUUCAACAACUUCGACUACCACGGUCAGCAAGUCCACGCAAUCAAUCCUGCAGAUCGUGAAGCAGCGACUUGCUUCGCUCUACUCGACGAAAACGACCACGGUAUCGAAGGCCGUCUCCCUGUAUCGCGAGCAAUUUGAGACAUGCAAGACUCAGUAUGGAUACUCGUCCACCGAAACGCUGACCGCAAUGCGACAAGUUGUCAUGUCUUACAAGAAGCAAAGUACCACCGAGUCUACUAUAUUGGCGACUUCUCUUCUUCGCACGAGCGUUACCGAGAUCUUCCAGCAUGAGUCGCAUGCCGAAAGGUCGAUUGAGUCCGCGAAGACCAUCGCGAAGGUCUAUAUCGAGUGUGGCUACAAGGAACAUGCAAUCAAGGUCAUCCAGGAAAUGCGAACGACCAUAAUCGAGCAGGUCAAGAGUGCCCUGACGGUCAGCGUUGAAAGAAAUUCGUAUGCUUUCCUGGCUGCCUUCGCCGAGAUCAUUACCCAGUCAAGCUCUUUCUCUUCCAUCAUCGCAGAGCUAAGAACCGAGAUCCUCCUGUACGAGUCCUACUACAGAGCCACUCGAACUCAAAAGGAGUUCUUCUCGAUCAUGGAGUCUGGGUGCCGCCUUUACUUCUAUCUGAAGGAAUCAAAACGCGAGGCCGACGUUAAGAUCAUUGAAGAAGAGCUUCUAGAAGUUUUUGUUAAGCAUUUGACCGUUUCUCACACGAUCAAGAAGACCAUCAUCACGAAGUUCUUCCAUAUUUGCAUGGAAGAGGUAAUGCAUAGCCACUACGAGCUAACCGUCAUCGAGCGAGCUACUGAGAUGGUUUUGGAACAUACCAAGCAUUCGCGGUUUCAAGAGGCUUAUGACCUUGCUGCGCUUAUUGAUAGAUUUAUCCAUCUUCAAGGCGGUUUCCAUACCGAGCAAAGCAUCCGUGUUGGCUUUAGGUUGGCGCUCUGCCUCACUGGUCGCGGCACUCUGCGUUGCGCAGAUGCCAAAUUGAAUCGCACGAUGCUGGAUCUCUCAAGGAUUUUGCUUGCAGAGGCACUUCAAGGCUCAGAAACCGUCAACUUGACGUUCACUGAUCUCCCGAUCGAUCUCCUGAACGAUCUUGUGGGUCUUCUGGGAGAACAGCAGAACUUUGAGGACCUUGAGCGCAUCCUCAACGGCCUCUGGUCCUCCCGCAUCGUCCAAAAGACCUGGUCCACAAACCUUGUCAUUUGGAUUGGCCGCCGCCUUGUCGAAACUCGCUUCUGCCGCAACCACAACGCCGAAGCUAUUCACCUGUGCAAAGACAUCCGGUACAACUUGGCCCGCGUAUGGGGCAGCCUCGACCCUACCACUCUUCAAUUCACCCUCCUCCUCUCCGAGCUCUACACCGCGACCAACCAAUACAAAAAAGCAAUGGCCCUCCACGACGACGUCCUGGGCCAGAUUGCAUACGGUGAUAACGAAGGCCUCUCUGUCCCGGACAGUGCUAGCACAGCUGUCAGACACGCGGAACUGCUUAAGCGCUCCUUCCAACGCGAGGGGAAGUGGGACAAGGGCGUCUCGUCUUAUCAAGACACGUUCGCACAAUUGGACCAGAAGUUCCGGAAGGAGAAGACGUGGGUGGAUACGGCGCCGAAAGCGAUCGACAAGUGGCAGCCGAAAGUUACCGACCAGAUGGGCAUGUGGACGCGGCCGACUGGGUUCGAAUUCAAGGUUGAGGAUGUGAAGCUCGAGAAGCCGGUGCGGAAGCAGCAAUAUCUUCUCAGGCGCACGAGCAGCAACUGGGCGGUGAGAGACUCGCAUGUCAAUGGGAAUGGCACGUUGAAUGGUAAUGGGAACGGGACGGGACAGCGGGUAUACUAGACCCCUAAUAGCUUGCGAGUAAUGAGAGGAGAAGGAGUUAUGUUUCCUUUGUUUUUUCAUUAGGUCUCCUUUACGCUCAUUCGAUGAUCUUUUUCGUUCUUGUAUUACUUAUUCUUCUCUCUUUUGGCGUGUCAACCGGUUCUACUACUAUCGCUGGCAUUUCCUUUAUAAGAUCUCACGGGCAGUCUCCAGGCAGUACACUCUCGGCGUACACUUUUUCGGCUCCGUCUGCGUAGAAGUUAGAAUCUAGGCGUAGAUCUCUGUAUACACAUCCGUACAUGCAGCUCACG